GAAACUAAACCCAACGACUCCGAGGUCAUAAAAGCUUUUACGUCACUAGAUACCCCAAACCUGAUCAAUUAAUCAUCUUAUAUCCUUAGAAUCCAAUUCAAUAGUUUGAGAGAGAGAGAGAGAGAUUGGUGUGAUUUGGGCUUAUGGGAACUCAGGAAGAGGAGAGACUGGUUUUAGAGGAGGGACUUUUACAGAAUGAAAACAAUGGACUAUACACAGGAGAUGGUUCGGUUGACAUUAAAGGGAAGCCUGUUUUGAAGAGCAACACUGGAAAUUGGAGAGCAUGCCCCUUCAUUCUUGGUACUGAAUGUUGCGAACGAUUAGCGUACUAUGGGAUUGCUACUAAUCUUGUUAGUUACCUCACCAAAACGUUACACGAAGGAAAUGUCUCUGCUGCAAGAAACGUUACCACUUGGCAAGGGACUUGCUACCUUACACCCCUUAUUGGAGCUGUCUUGGCAGAUGCUUGUUGGGGAAGAUAUUGGACAAUUGCUGCCUUUUCCACAAUUUAUUUCAUCGGAAUGUGCACAUUGACUCUCUCAGCAUCUGUCCCAGUUUUUAAACCCGCCGAAUGUGUAGAUACAGUAUGCCCUUCAGCCACUCCUGCUCAGUAUGCAGUAUUCUUCUUGGGACUAUAUUUGAUUGCACUAGGAACUGGUGGGAUCAAACCAUGUGUUUCAUCCUUUGGGGCAGAUCAGUUUGAUGACACAGAUCCUAAAGAGAGGGUAAAGAAGGGAUCAUUCUUCAAUUGGUUUUAUUUUUCAAUCAACAUUGGUGCUCUUGUAUCAAGUAGUUUAAUUGUGUGGAUUCAAGAAAAUGCUGGGUGGGGCCUUGGGUUUGGCAUUCCUGCAUUGUUUAUGGGCAUUGCCAUCUUAAGUUUCUUUUCAGGCACAGGUCUUUAUAGAUUUCAGAAACCAGGGGGGAGCCCUAUUACAAGAAUGUGCCAGGUUCUGGUUGCAUCAUUCCGCAAGUGGACUUUGGAGGUCCCUAAUGACAGUACUCUCCUAUAUGAAACACCAGACAAAGUCUCAGCAAUUGAAGGAAGCCGGAAACUGGAGCAUACUGAUGAACUGACGUGCCUUGAUAAAGCUGCUAUAGUCUCAGUUACUGAGACCAAAACUGGGGACUUCUCCAAUCCUUGGAGGCUUUGCACUGUAACGCAAGUGGAGGAACUGAAAAUCUUGAUCCGCAUGUUCCCGAUCUGGGCUACUGGAAUAAUUUUUUCUGCUGUUUAUGCCCAAAUGUCUACAAUGUUUGUGGAGCAAGGGAUGAUGAUGGAUACAACUAUUGGUUCCUUCACCAUUCCUGCAGCUUCUCUUUCAACCUUUGAUGUCAUCAGUGUUAUUUUCUGGGUCCCGGUCUAUGAUAGGAUCCUUGUCCCAUUUGCAAGGAAGUUUACUGGUAAAGAGAGGGGCUUCUCAGAGUUGCAGCGAAUGGGAAUUGGCCUCUUUCUUUCGAUCUUAUGCAUGUCAGCUGCUGCUUUGGUGGAGAUCUGGCGACUGCAGAUUGCAAAUGACCUUGGUUUGGUUGAUGAAGAUGUUGCUGUGCCACUUAAUAUCUUCUGGCAAGUACCCCAAUAUUUCUUGUUGGGGGCAGCAGAAGUUUUUACGUUCAUUGGACAGCUUGAGUUCUUCUAUGACCAAUCACCAGAUGCCAUGCGUAGCUUGUGUAGCGCGUUGUCACUUCUGACAACUUCCUUGGGGAAUUAUUUGAGUUCAUUUAUUCUGACUCUAGUAACAGCUAUAACAACAGCAGGGGGAAAGACUGGGUGGAUAACCGAUAACUUGAAUGAGGGUCAUCUUGAUUAUUACUUCUGGCUUUUAGCUGGACUCAGCUUCUUGAACAUGGUGGUGUACGUCUUCUUUGCCAAAAUGUACAAACAGAAGAAGGCGUCUUAAGUCUACAUAUGAAGAUGCCGGUACUGUCUGUGUCCAUCUCUGGCAAGGUCCCAGUAUUCAUGGUGGGAAUACGGUCAGUUUGUGCUUUUGCAAUUUCGGUGUUUUAGUUCAGUUUCACGAAAACGUUUGUAUUAUAAGUGGAUUGAAUUAAACACUUUAAACCAUUGUGCUUUUAUAUUUGAACGUCACCGAAUUUCAUUCUCUUUAUAAUGUAAAUUUUUCAUAAAAA